GUUCAAAAUGUUCAACCCUUUUUCACAGCCCCGACUGGGACACAACACUGAUAUGAAAAUGCUUGAACUGUGUCACCAGCCAGCGUCGACUGCGACCGCCGUACGUAGUCCUCGUUGGCGUCGCGACGCUCUUCGCGUGUUGCAAAGCACCAUGAAGUGUGGUGCGAGUUUAGUUGCGGUAACGACAGGGUUUGGUGCGUGCUGUUGAUUCAGUAGGACGUGUGACUUCGCCGGGUUCGGACGUGUUUUGUAGUGAAAAGUGUUUUCGUGGGGGACUCGAGUGCAGCACAAGUGAAGUUCAUAAGUGAUUCUUUAUUCUUCUGCGCUGUGGUAGGGCGCGAAGUUGGUGCAUUGAUAGUGUGUGGUUGAUCAAGUGAUCUGCGUGUGGCUGGUUACAUGGCAGUGAGGCGAAGACGAUUACCUAUAUGGUGGUUUAUAUGGGUGUUGCAGUAGCAAAGGAAAAGGAGUGCAAUUCAUUUUCACCUGUCUGUGGCGUGGAAUCGAAGUGACACUGGUGAUCAACGGCUUUUUUGCUAAAUUGCCUUGGCAGUGGAGUUUGCGUGUGCGAAAUUCACGAUCUUGACUUGGAUUCGAGGCGAUUGUAUAUUGUCACAAUUCACGCACGCACGCACGGGUUCAACGCUCUUUGGCGGGUGUUUUCGUCCAAGUCUCUCAUUUUCGUGAAUCUGUUUUGAGUGAAAUAAGGGGAAGUACGCGAAAAUGUGCAAUAAAAGUGGUGAUUUAUUUAUAAAAUAAAAAGAUUAAACUGUCAGUUGCUUUUGGUGGGAGCUAUAACGCGCUGGUUUUUUGCUGUAUGCUGCAUGGUGCUUGGCUGGCUGCUGGUAUAAUUGAACGCUGUACGCGUCGCGGUGUUCUAGUUUUACAAUUUUAGUUUUCAUCUCACACAUGCUGUCUGUCCAUGCUGCUGCAGCUGUGUCAGUGAAUCGCGUGCGGGUUUUCGCCUUUUCCUUUCAUUGAGGAACGAAAAUAACCUUGAGUGGCGCGAAGUGAACGAGAUUUUCAAGUUGAGACUGGACAUAUUUGCUAGUUUUCCUGCCUACCGUAGCGGAACGCAAGUCAUAUACUUGACUUGACAUCAAUGUGUAGAUUUUAAGUAAAGCCAGUGUUGAAACGGAAUAGCGUUUAGUCUCACGUUCGGUACAUCCAGUUGGGCAACUAAACUGAAGAAUAACUGAUGGAGAUGUGUCGUGAAAUUGGCCUGAGAUACAACCGUACGAACAUGUGUUGCGAAUAAAUAUUUACAUCCGAUCGCGGCGCGGGAUUUCCUCGAGCGCAGCGCAGGACUUGUGGUGGCAUGCGGUGCGUGCAAGGCGUUGCUGCUGCCACUGACUGACUACCAGAUCGAGCCGACACUCGACGGCGACACUCAACGUGUUUGGAACUUCGCUGCUGCUGUUGCUUUGGCCGAGGAUAUGAAACUGAGCUUCGGCACGUUGCUGUCGUUAUCAAGUGCAGCCCAGAACAGAAGCAGAGGAGUGAAAAUUUGGAUUGCAGGUGUCAGGCACCUACCGGACUUGUCCGAGGUGGAGUCCACAGGCCGCCCAUUUACCAGAGCAGUCAACUGCAACUGAUACAGUUCAACUGGUCUGGAGGCCACUAAUGGUGGUGUGUGCAAUGUGUGAUACGGGGUUGGUAGUGCUACGAGUGGUGAGAAAUUAAUUGAAAUUAUAUCAAACCGAUUGAAGUUAAUUAUGUGUGAAGAAAAAUGUUUGACGGAAAUGGUGUUACCCGCAACAAGUGCUACUGAGCUGAUAUCAAUUGAAGUCGAAAUAAAUUUGUGAAUCACGGAAGGGCAAUAAACGCACCAGAGGAAGUGAUCGGGUGAUUGAUUCCAGUUUGCUGAAGGAAGAGGCCGCUGCGGGUAUGAAAUACACGAAAAAUGUGUGGUUGCUUUAAAAUGUUAAAUUUGGUGCUUGGCUCUGGAGGUGAACGUGUCAAUAGCAAAGUUCGUCGAGUGUCAUUGCUUUGGGAGGUUAAACCUCGCCGCGGUUGGCUGUGCGAUAAGACGUAAUAAUUGGUAAUAGUAUGAAGCUGGCAGGCGGCAGUGUGUCACCGAAAGCAGCCGAGGAAGCUAGUUAUGAAGCAAAAGAUAGGGAACCGAAGAAAUACCAACGUGCAACUGCUGGAAGCGACAGGUGGCUGGGCCAACACUGCGGCAAUAAUCAUAAGUGCAAACGAUAUCAUUCUCCCGGCGCGCGGUGUGAAUUAAUGUUCGUGGCAGUCGUAGUGAUAAUUCUGACCAGCUUCACGGUGAUGAUUGGCGGCGACGUCUUUACCGUUGGUUAUCUAACUGGAUCGCAGCGGCGGCCGGGAGAUCGAGAGUACGCAAGACCAGGGCUGCAGAUAUCAGGUGCAAUCACAUUUGCAAUAGAAGAGGUGAACGACAUUUACUUCAGCCGGCAUGGUCACAAGCUCCAGUUCGAAGUGGCGGAAACGUUCGGCGAAGAGGUAACUAGUAUAAGGAAAACAGCUGAUCUCUGGACAAAAGAUGUGAUAGGCUAUAUAGGGCCACAGGAAACUUGUAUUCACGAGGGCAGAAUGGCGGCUGCCUUCAACUUACCCAUGAUUUCCUAUUUUUGUACCCACAACGAAACGUCAAAUAAAAAGCAUUUUCCUACGUUUGCCAGAACCAGGCCACCCGAUUUGCAGAUAUCAAAGUCGGUUGUAUCGCUUCUGAUUGCUUACAACUGGACUCAGGUUACGUUCUUCUACCGGACAUCGGAAAAUGCCGAGUAUGAUGCGGUAGCGGAAACACUCAAAACAACGCUGAAGACCAACGGCGUUCGAAUCAGGUCGACACGCACCUGGAGUACAAUAUAUCAUCAUGGGUAUUCACCGAAUCCUUUCGACCGUCUGGUGGAGGAAACGUACGUGGAUACUAGAAUCUACUUGGUGCUGGGUCACCACGACGAACACCUCGGCCUGUUGGUUAGCCUGAGGCGCAAAGGGUUAUUGACCGCCGGCGAGUACUUUGUCGUGGGAGUCGACCUUGAACAAUAUGAUGCCGCCUUGCCAAAGAAGUAUAUGCACGGACUGCUGCAGACUGCACCGGACCAGGACGCUGUGCCGGCCCUACAACACUACCUCGGAGUCGUUCCGUCGGCUCCUGUCAAGUUUGAAGAAUUCGCUGUAAAGGUUAACAAAUACCUGGAGCGACCACCGUUCAACUACCGCAACCCCUUGGUUUACUUCGGAGGCGUUAAACAGAUUCGCGCCGAGGCGGCUUACCUCUACGACGCGGUUCAUUUGUAUGCUAAUGCGCUGCUGCGGGUGCUGCUGGCCGGCGAGAGCCCGAAAAAUGGAACAGCAAUUAUCGAAGCCAUCAAGGGUCGAGCCUACUUAAGCGCAAUGGGUUACCUGAUACAUAUCGACGAGAACGGUGAUGCUACCGGGAAUUACACUAUCCUAGCCAGAAAACCCAUCCCUACUGCUACCUCGGAGAGAGAAUACGGACUGUUUCCCAUCGGACGUUUUAGCACCCCGAAUGCUGAUACGAUUCCGGACAUAAAGCUAUUUGAUGUCAUCGACUGGGUGGGAUAUGGGCCACCCGUUGCCGAACCGUACUGCGGCUUUCGAGGCGAGAAGUGUAUCAGUUACACCGGUGAGAUUACGGCCGGCAUUGCCGGUGGCGCGUUGCUCCUGCUGGGUGUCGUCUCGUUCGUUCUUUAUCGCAACUGGCGCUACGAACAGGAGCUGGACAGCCUGCUGUGGAAAGUGGACUUUAAAGAAAUUCAGAUGCACGAAAAUGAGAAGGAAAACGCCGGCCAAAAAAUGACGAGGAACACCCAUCCCCUCAUCCGAACCAGCCAGGUCAGUUUGAGCUCCAACCCGGACUUGGACUUCCGUUAUACGACGAUUUUCACACCGAUCGGUAUGUACAAGGGUCAGAUGUACGCCAUCAAGAAGGUUCGCAAGAAGAGCAUCGACAUCACUCGGGAGAUGAAGAAAGAGCUGAAAUUGCUGCGCGACAUGAGGCACGACAAUCUGAAUGCAUUUAUCGGGGCCUGUACGGACCCGCCCAAUAUCUGCAUCAUCACCGAGUACUGCACCCGGGGGAGUUUGAAGGACGUACUGGAGAACGAAGACGUCAAGCUGGAUAACAUGUUCACGGCGUCGAUGGUUGCCGAUAUUUUGCGGGGAAUGAGCUAUCUACAUGACUCGCCGUUGCGUUUUCACGGGUCUCUGCGGACAUCAAACUGUCUGAUAGAUUCCAGAUGGGUGGUAAAACUGAGUGAUUUUGGUUUGUUCGGGUUCAAACAGGGUGCCGACGAAAUGCACGACGAGAAGGAGAAGGCUGAGAGCAAGUGUGAAAAACUUCUCUACCGAGCACCAGAGUUGCUACGAGCUGGUCCAGUUUCCUGUGUUCCUGGAUCACCCAAAGGAGACGUAUAUUCGUUUGGAAUAGUCUUGUAUGAGAUCUUCACCCGCAAAGGUCCGUUCGGUGAGAUCGAGUGUACCCCGGCGGAAUGUUUGAAACGAGUUCUGCAUCCACUGGACCCGAACACUCCCUUCCGACCAGCAAUUCAACCGCUGGAGACGUCCUUCGAUUGUGUUCGCGAAUGUUUGAGAGAAUGUUGGGCGGAGAAGCCAGAAGAUCGACCAGAUUUUAAAGCUAUUAGAAAUAAGUUACGGGUUCUUCGGAAGGGUAUGAAGCCAAAUAUAUUCGAUAACAUGAUGGCUAUGAUGGAAAAGUAUGCAACCAAUCUUGAACAGCUGGUUGACGAGCGUACGGAUCAGUUGCAGGAAGAGAAGAAAAAGACGGAUGCGUUACUGCUAGAGAUGCUUCCAAGACCCGUGGCUGAGCAGCUGAAAAGAGGGCAUAAAGUUGAGGCUGAGAGUUACGAUCUAGUCACGAUUUAUUUUAGCGAUAUUGUGGGAUUUACUUCUAUGUCAGCGGAAAGCACUCCGCUGCAAGUAGUAGAUUUCCUGAACGACCUGUACACAUGUUUCGAUUCGAUCAUAGGGCAUUACGACGUUUAUAAGGUCGAAACGAUAGGAGAUGCGUACAUGGUCGUAUCAGGAUUGCCCAUUCGAAACGGACUGACUCAUGCUGCUGAGAUUGCUUCCAUGUCCUUGCAACUAUUGGACGCCGUAUCCGAGUUCAAAAUCCGGCACAGACCUAACGAUCGUUUAUAUUUAAGAAUCGGUAUCCAUUCAGGGCCAGUGUGUGCUGGAGUGGUUGGGCUCAAAAUGCCUCGGUAUUGCCUCUUCGGGGAUACGGUGAACACUGCCUCUCGAAUGGAAUCUACGGGUCUGCAGCUGAAGAUUCACUGCAGUUUACAAACCAAAGAAAUUCUCGACUCUCUCGGAGGGUACCACUUUGAAGAUCGGGGAUAUAUUCCAAUGAAGGGAAAGGGAGAGCAACGAACUUUUUGGCUGGUCGGCGAAGAUCCAGAAGCGAGAGCCAAACGCACUCAGGAGCGUACCGAGCGACGUGGUUCACGGGCUCUGAACAAAUACAUUGGAAUGCUCAAACAGUCGAACACCACGAACGGCGUUCGAAGCUCGCUCAAGACCCGUGUGGUAACACCACGCAGUUCAUUACCACGCUCAUCUAGUCUAGAAUCACCUAAGAGAUUGCGGUUUGCCAGUGGAUCAAUGUUGGAACAACACCGAUAUCAUCAUUAUAGCGAUGAUGCCCUGAUGGAAGUUAUUUCCGACGCCAGUACGCGAAAGUCCGACAAUAGCCUAGCGGAUACCGAGGACUUCACCUCUUCUUGCCCAUGUAUCGAUAAUCUUGGACUGAACGCCGAACGGUUCCUAGCACAGUCUUGCCCCACGGUCACAACGCCAUUGCUCACUAACACCGUUGCUACUUAACUAGUAGUUCUAACCACACCCUAUUAGAAUAGAAUAUAACGACCAAUAAUGUCUUCAAUGUUUGUAAAACGAAAACUACUCUGUGUAUAAAUUGUAUCUAGUCAUUGGAAACUGUUCCAGCAGUUACAUGUUCGAGUCGAUGUGAUAAAUACUUUGCUGUUACCUAUUGCAUACGAAACAAAACAGGACGUCAGGUUUCAUAGCUUAAUCUGUUAGUAGAAGUCUAGUGUAGAAUUAAUAAUGAGUGGAAACCGCAUGGAUAGAAAAUUACAGGAAAUUACGCUAGUACAGUAUCGAAUAUAUCGAAUAUGGGUCUUAACGUACUUCAAUAAAACGAAUGUUCAAUGUGUAAGAAUAUGGGGUCAU